AUGUUUAGCUGUUGGAGUUGUUUUGUGGUAGCUCUGGUGUUCGCAGUGCUGGACGGACGGAACGUGGCGGCCGGUGACUUUGGGUUGGGCUACACCGUCCCAGGAUUCGAUGCGAACUUCCGCAGUGGUAUCGGAGCGGGCGUCGUGGGACUCGUGAAGGCGAACGCCAGUCUGACCAAGUACGAGCUGAGUGCGGAUCGUAGCGGUGCCACCAGGGUGUUGCACGAGGUGGCCAACAAUGUUACCGCACCGCUGAACCAACUGUUGGGCCACGUGGCGGCAUCUUUCGGUGCGAAUGGAACCGAGUCGUUGAAAGCGUUGGCGACGGAGCUGGAAUCUCUGGCGAAACCGACAGCGGCCUCUCUGGAGGUAGCUCUAGCCUCAGCGCACACCCUCGAAGGAAAGAUCCGGCCAGGGUUGGUGGAAACGCUGGUAGCCAACGUGACGACGAUCGCGACGGAGGUGGGAACGCUCACGCAAGACUGGUCAACAUUUGCGGAGGCUCUGCUGAAAGCGGGAGCACCCGACUCCGGUAUCGGUGCGUCUAACGUGGCGACACUGGUUACUCCGGAGCUGGUAGAGUCCGUGACAUCGCCGGUGCGGCUCAUUAACGCCGCCCUCGGGGACAUUGCGAACGCUUUCAGUAGCGCAGGGAAAGAGCGCACGGCAGCGAUUGGCCACGAAGCGUCCACCAAUGUGAGCAUUCAAAACGCCCGACAGGAUCUCGAGAACCAACUCAGUAUCGUCAACCGUACGCUCGCCGAUGCCGCCCGCCAGAUGGAGCAACAGUCCAACUCGACGGUGCGUCAAAUACGCGAUGGCCACAACGCUAUCCUCUCCAGGCUGUCCAACGAUCUGCCCAACGUCGAGCUGAUACGCACAUACCUGGCGGAAGUGGAAGCGCAAGGUGACAGACAUAACCGACGUACCGAGGGUCUCUGGCGCGAUCUGUCCGCCAACCAUACCCGCACAGUGCAGACCACUGCGGAGAGCAUUGCGUCGGGAGUAGUGUCCGCUACCGCUACCCUAACCGACACCGCAUCCCUCAGUGACAGUGGCUACGCCGAACGUUGCCUGCAGCGGCACGUUCCGGAGUUACGUCAGGCGCCGUACGCCGUGACGCGGCUAUCGAUCUGCUACCAGGUGGACGGCCGAACACUGAGCUACUUCACGGCCGCCCAUACCAGCUUUCUCGACCAACUGCGCAACGGUGCCGUCUACCCUGCCAUCCAAGCCCAGUCGGUGUGCGGCCAGGGUGCGUCAAACUGCACCUCGACGUACCUUCAAGCCCUCACCGGUGUGGGCGGCCAGAGCCAGGUGCGCUUCGACGCGUUCGACACCUUUCUGGCGGAGGAAAUGGCCACACUGAGCGUGCGCUACAAUAUCUGCGCCCGGGCGAUCGCCGCCGACAUUGAGGGGUUGAUCGAGCUGACGGUGCAAAAGUUCAGUAACUGUCUUGUGAGCGGAAGAUGA